AUGAAUGCUUUUUAUGCAUUGAGAAACCACCUAAAACCUCAAGAAGAAUCAACUGUCGUUGGAAGAUUUCCCAGAUACUCUUUAGCAAUCGAUAGACAUGGAAUUUCGACAAAAGGUAUAAAAACAGCACAUCAGAAAUCAGUUUCUGAAAGUUCUACAAAACCUCCUAUCAUUUUACCAACUGCUAGAUGCGUUCUGCGUCAGCUGAGAUUAGAAAGAUUGCUUGAUUGGCUAACUAUCGAAAGGGAUUAUUUGUUGUCAAAGCACUUAGAAGAAAUGACCCAAACUACAUUAAAUGCUAGCAAGGCAGAAGCAGAGUCAUUUCAAACUACUCCUUUAAUGGUAGGAACUAUCAAAGAACUAUUUAACGACUCUCAUGCAAUCGUGUCUACUAGCUUAGGAUCUGACACGUACCUGCCAAUUUUAAGUAUAGUAGACAAAUCAAAGCUACAGUUGGAGUGCAGCGUUUUACUUCAUCAAAAAAUCAACGCUGUUGUUGGUGUUUUAGAAAAUGACGUUAAUCUUCUAGUUUCUGUUAUGAAGAUCGACAAAGCUCCACUAGAAUCAUUUAAGUCGGUUGGAGGUUUGGAACAGCAAAUACAAGAACUUAAAGAGGCGGUCGAGUUACCCUUACUUCGACCUGAAAUUUACGACGACAUUGGUAUACAACCACCAAAAGGUGUUAUUUUGUAUGGGCCACCGGGUACGGGAAAAACACUUUUAGCAAAAGCAGUUGCGCGAGAAACAUCUGCUACGUUUCUGCGUAUAGUAGGAAGUGAACUGAUUCAAAAGUAUUUAGGAGAAGGACCAAAACUUGUGAGAGAACUUUUUAAACUUGCUAGAGAUCAAAGUCCGUCGAUAAUAUUCAUUGACGAAAUCGAUGCAAUCGGAACAAAGCGAUUCCAAACAGAUUCUGGAGGCGAAAAAGAAAUUCAGAGAACUAUGUUGGAGCUUUUAAACCAGCUAGAUGGAUUUGAUAACUCAGCUAAUGUUAAAGUCAUUAUGGCGACAAAUAGAAUUCAAUCGUUAGAUCCUGCCCUUAUAAGACCAGGAAGAAUUGAUCGAAAAAUCGAGCUUCCGUUGCCCGAUCAAGCGACUAAGCGUAAAAUAUUCGAAAUUAAAACACAUAAAAUGACUCUGGACUCGGAUGUGAAUUUUGACGAAUUUGUAGUUGAAAAGAACGAUCUCAACGGAGCAGAAAUCCAAGCUAUUUGCGCUGAGGCUGGUCUUAUUGCUUUACGUGAAAUGAGAAUGAAGAUUUGUCAACAAGAUUUUAGAAUUGCUCGAGAAAGAGCUCUGUACAGGAAAAAAGGUACUAUUCCCGAAUCUCUUUAUAAUUAG